GGGGGCGGGGGCGGGGCGGGGUGUCGGGCGGCGCCGGCCCAAAAGGCGGAGUCGCGAGGCGGAGGGCCCAGAGCUGUGAGCACUGUGCUGAGUGCGCCGCGGAGAAAGCCUGCGGGAACCCAGAGCCGGAGGAGCCCCUCGUCCCCGCCCGGCCUGGCCCGGCCCCGCGCUAUGGAGUUCCUCUGGGCCCCUCUCUUGGGUCUGUGCUGCAGUCUGGCCGCUGCUGACCGCCACACCGUCUUCUGGAACAGUUCAAACCCCAAGUUUCGGAGUGAGGACUACACAGUACACGUGCAGUUAAAUGACUACCUGGACAUCAUCUGUCCUCAUUAUGAGGAUGACUCUGUGGCAGACGCUGCCAUGGAGCGGUACACACUGUACCUGGUGGAGCAUGAGCAGUACCAACUGUGCCAACCCCAAUCCAAGGACCAGGUCCGCUGGCAGUGCAACCAGCCCAGUGCCAGGCAUGGCCCAGAGAAGCUGUCUGAGAAGUUCCAGCGCUUCACACCCUUUACCCUGGGCAAGGAGUUCAAAGAGGGACACAGCUACUACUACAUCUUUUCCUUCCUUAUCACUCUCUGGACUUAUUUUGUAGCCAAACCCAUCCACCACCAGGAAGACCAGUGCUUGAGGUUGAAGGUGACCGUCAGUGGCAAAAUCACUCACAGUCCUCAGGCCCAUGCCAAUGCACAGGAGAAGAGACUUCCAGCAGAUGACCCAGAGGUGCAGGUUCUACAUAGCAUUGGUCACAGUGCCGCCCCCCGCCUCUUCCCACUCGCCUGGGCUGUGCUGCUCCUGCCAUUCCUGCUGCUGCAAACCCCAUGAAGGUGUAUGCCGCACGCACUGUAAGAACUGGAACUGAGGGGGCAGGGCGGGCCUCCCUCACCUGCCUGGGGCCCCUCCCAAAGCUCUAGUCCUGGGAACCACUCCUACCACAUGCACAAGCUGCCACCCAGCAGCCUCAAAACGGGUCAGUAUUAAAGCUUUCAACCCAAAGGAGGUCAGCAAGCCUGACAGUGCCAUCCUCGCCUCCACCUCAGAGAGAUGGACAAAGAAGUGGAGACAGUCCUUUCCCCUCCAUUCCUGCCCUUAAGCCAAAGAAACGAGCUGUGCGGACAUGGCCUCUUAAGAAGGGCACUGUGGGAGCCGAGCUGAAAGGGGCUUGGGCUUACAUGGAUGGACACUGAGCUUGGCGAAGAUGUCCCUCCCAGAGAGAGCCAGGAUGGCUCUGAAGGAAAAGCAAGAGACAAGUUUCCUGCUUGGGAGCCAGGGACAGGAGAGGCAGCAUGCUUGGGCUGACCCAGCAUCUCCCCCAAGACUUUCCUCUGUGGAGGUGCCACGGAGAGGACUGUAGCCAGGCACUACAUCCUCUCCCACCCUGGGGCAUCACUCCAUGGAGCUGCGCCAGCAGGGGGGCUGUGCCAACCUGUUCUUAGAGUGUAGCUGUAAGGGCAGUGCCCAUGUGCACAGAGUCUGUGCCUAGACUGACUGUAGCCUGAAGGGCAGGGCCCACGAGUACAGAAUCUGUAUAUGAACUAGAUGUGUGUCUGCUGAUUUCUACAACUGGAGUUUUUUUAUACAAUGUUCUUUGUCUCAAAAUAAAGCAAUGUGUUUGUUUUUUUGGA